ACGCGCACAAAGGCUCACGAGCGCUCCUCUCGCGCUCGUUUCCCGGGACUCUCCGCGGUUUUACGUUUGUCUCUUUUCACGCGGAGCUGAUGCGCACCGGGCCGGAGUGAAGAUGCUGCGCGGAAUUCCGGUGCUGUUGUUGCUGGGGGCUGCAGACCUGAGCAGAGCCUAUGUGUUCCAGGCCAGUCGCCCAUCAGAGGGAGGAGACCCCCCCUCCUCCCAGACCAAAGUGGUCUCAGAGUGGGUUAGCUCUGCAGGUUCGUGCUUGGGCAGAUGUUUUGAGCUAGAGGAGGCCAAACCUCCAGGAUGCAGAUGUGAUAACCUGUGUAAGACCUACCUGAGCUGCUGCAGCGACUUCGACGACCACUGCCUCAAAACAGAGGGAGGGUUCGAGUGCUCCGAGGACAGAUGUGGAGAGGAGAGGAACAAGAAUCACGCCUGUCACUGCUCCGAGGACUGUUUAGAGCAAGGAGACUGCUGCUCCAACUACAGGUCAACAUGUAAAGGUGAGAGUUCGUGGGUACAGGACGAGUGUGAGGAGAUCAGGACGCCCGAGUGUCCUGCUGGGUUUAUCCGUCCUCCUCUGAUCAUGCUUUCUGUGGAUGGCUUCAGAGCCUCGUAUCUGAAGAAAGGACGAUCGGUCAUCCCCAACCUGCACAAACUCAGGACGUGUGGGACGUCCUCUCCUUACAUGAGGCCAGUGUAUCCGUCUAAAACCUUCCCAAACCUCUACUCUCUGGCCACGGGCCUGUACCCGGAGUCCCAUGGCAUUGUGGGAAACACGAUGCACGACCCAGUAUUCAACGCUACGUUCACCCUGAGAGGACGCGAGAAGCUCAACCAUCGUUGGUGGGGAGGCCAGCCGAUCUGGAUCACAGCAGAGAAACAGGGAGUGAAGGCCGCCUCCUUCUUCUGGCCUUGGGUCAUUCCUCUGGAGAGAAGGAUCCUGACCAUCCUCAACUGGCUGCACUUGCCGGACAACGUCAGGCCAUAUGUUUACGCGGUGCACUCAGAGCAGCCGGACACAUUUGGGCACAGACUUGGACCUCUCAGCAGCGAGUUGGACAACCCUCUGCGUGAGAUCGAUAACGUCAUUGGACAGCUCAUGAAUGGUCUCAAACAGAUGAACCUUCAUCGCUGUGUCAACGUCAUCAUCGUCGGGGACCACGGGAUGGAAGAGGCUCACUGUGACCGUACAGAGUUCCUGAUCUCAUAUCCUCUGAACAUCGACGAGAUCAACCUCAUCCCAGGAUCACUUGGACGGAUACGACCCAGAGACCCCAAAUCUCCAACAUACGACCCUCGCGUGGUGGUGGCAAACCUCACAUGUAAAAUGCCCACUCAGCAUUUUAAACCCUACCUGAAGCAACAUCUACCCAAACGGCUCCACUACGCCAACAACAGGCGGAUCGAGGAUGUGCACCUGCUCAUGGAGAGGAAGUGGCACGUCGCAAAGAAAAUGCGAGAAAUUGAAAAGUUGAGGACUCGCUGUCUUUUCAAUGGAGACCACGGCUUUGACAACAAAAUCAACAGCAUGAGGACAAUCUUCAUCGGUCAUGGCCCAAGCUUUAAGUUCCGUAAAAUGGUUCCAGAGUUUGAGAACAUCGAGCUCUACAACGUCAUGUGUGAUCUGUUGGACCUUAGUCCGGCCCCAAACAACGGCACAUAUGGUAGCCUCAACGACAUGCUGCGCAACCCGCCAUUUAGCCCUGUCCAGCCAGAGGAAGUGACCUCACCAACCCCGCCCCUCGACCCCUAUGCCAUCGAUUCUUACGACCUAGGCUGCAGCUGCGACGAUGAGAACAAAGUGGAGGAGACCAUCGUCCCAUUCAGUCCUCCAGACGAGCUUUACUUCUACAACACCUCUCAUCUGCCUUUCGGGCGUCCAGCUGUGCUCUUCCACACUCACUACUCUCUCCUUCAUCACAUGGAGUUCAUCAGUGGAUACAGUAGAGAGCUGGCCCUGCCUCUGUGGGCAUCCUACACCAUACCUGCACAGGGCGACAUGUCUCUCUCUGACCCCCCCUCUUCUCACACUUGUCUCAGAGCAGACCCUCGAGUCUCUCCCAUCCACAGUCAGAGCUGCAGCAUUUAUCAUCAGCACCAACAACUCAGCUAUGGCUUUCUUUUUCCUCCAGAAUUAGCCACUUCUGCGGAGUCCAGAUUCAAUGCUUCUCUCAUCACAAACACAGUCCCCAUGUACCCGGCCUUUAAAAGAGUGUGGGGCUACCUCCAGGGGGUGCUGUUUAGGCGGUAUGCAGAAGAAAACAACGGCGUAAACAUUUUGGUGGGACCGGUGUUCGACCAUAACCACGACGGCCUCAGGGACACGGUGGAGCAGAUCAGAGAGUACACGUCCGAGGCCCCGCCCCUCCCCAGUCACAUGUUUACUGUGGUUUCCAGCUGUGCAGAGUUCAACACAACUGUGGAUGAGUGUGAAGAACAGAUAGAACUGCUCUCCUUCAUCCUGCCCAUCAGAGAGGACAACACAGAGGCAUGCAAUAGUGGGGAGCCCGAGUCCCAGUGGGUGGAGGACAUUCUGCAGAUGCACACAGCUCGUGUCCGGGACAUCGAGAUCCUAACCGGCCUGGACUUGUUCAGAUCCACAAACCUGACCCAAGUCCAAGUCCUGAAACUCAAGACGCACAUGCACACCUUCGAACUUGAUGACUGAACCCCAAAUAUACACCAAAUAUUUAAAAAUACUCAAAUGUAAUAAACUAUAAACUUACAAACAGGAGGUACUGAGAGGGGGAGGGGUAAUUCACUGCAAAAACUCCACUUUUACUUUAAUCUGAGGAGUUUUUUACCAUGUUAAAUCCUAUUACUUUGACACUCUAUGUAACUGCUCAUCUCCAUGGAGAUGUGCUGCCUGGAAUGUCCCACAGUAUGGCAUUAUCUGUCUUGCAUUUGAUUUGUUGUUUUUAUUCCUUGAAAAGUAUCAUUCUGUCUGUAGGGUUGUCACUUCUCCACAGAUAUGACCUGUAACUUGGCCUAUAUUGGUGCCACCUGCCUAACUCAGUGGUGACAGAUCUGUUAAAUGCCAUACUGUGGAAUAUUCCACUGAAUCAAAAAAGUUCCAUACUGUGGUUUUACUGUAAAUGACUUAUGUAAGAAUGGGUUUUACUCAAAUCUGAAUUAUGACAAAGCUGAUUGCUUCAAAAAUGUUUGUCAGAUGCUCUCCCAUCCUCCUGAUGUAUAUCCCUGUGUGUCAGAUGCCCUCCCAAGCUCAUUUAUCCUUGUGUGUCAGAUCCCUUUCCGUCCUCCUUUAUCCCUGUGUGUCAGAUGCCCUCCCGUCCUCCUGUAUCCCUGUGUGUCAGAUGCCCUCCCAUGCUCCUGAUGUACAUCCCUGUGUGUCAGAUGCUCUAAAAUCCCUACAUGUCAGACUGAGACGGGGGAGAUGUUGUUGUCAUUGGAUAGAUAUGAUCAGGUUUAUGAAUUUUCUGUUUAGAGAUUUUCAAAUAGUGGUUCAUCGAUUCACUAACAUUUCGUGACAUUUCACAUUGUGUUGAGUUGAGCUGAUACUGAGGAGAGUGCACAGAGGUGAUGUUUGAGGACAGAUAUUUUCAUGUGAAUCUUCAUUUAGUUUUGUCAAAUAAAAACAAAUUCAAGUGUC